GACGUACUUAUGAUCGGUGUCGUCACGUAUGUAUUAGACGGAAGAAAAGUUACGGAGAUGUCUACACAGGUGUUUUCGCGAUUUUUCAGACAACUUGGGGGAUCUUCUUGGGUUCAGGCCUUACCCAAGAACGGACGAACCAGACUGAGCAGUAGCUUCACAGAGGACUUCAGCCCUUCUGUGUGGGAUACCAAAGUCUUGUCCGGACUGGUCCGUGCCAAAACAUCGCUACCCUACAGUCUGAAAAAGAAGACCACAUGACGCUGGAUCCGAAAUGGCUCCUAAGAUGAAAGAGGGUUAACAAACGUCAAAGACCUCUAUGGUCAGCACCAGCUUUGACUCACUAGACAUUGUCCAGCGUUAUGACGUCAUGUGCUCGGCCAUCAAGCCACGCCCCCUCGCUUUCAUCAGCACCUGUUCCACGGGAGGCUGUAACAACCUGGCGCCGGUAGCCUUCUUCAUGCCGGUCACCAGCGAACCGGCCAGUCUCGCCUUCUCUAUGACGUGGAGGCGGGACGGAAGUGAAAAGGACACUCUGGUAAAUAUCCGAUCCACCGGACACUUUGUCGUCAACCACACGACCCUCCCUAUCAUAGCCAAGGUGUUCGUAGCGUCCCAGGAGUUCGGCCCCGAUGUGGACGAGUUUGAAGAAGCGGGCCUGACGCCCGUCCCGUCCGUGUGCGGACCCGCCCCGCACGUGCUGGAGUCGCCCGUCUCUCUGGAGUGCAGACUGCUCCACACGCUUCCUGUGGGGGAGAAAAGGCACGGAGGGACGACCGUUGUUAUUGGGCAGGUUGUUCACAUGCACGUAUCUGAAAGCUGUAUUGACGGCAAUGGCAUCCGCGGAGAGACGCUGCAGUCAGUAUCCCGAGUGGAGGGGACCCGCUUCGCAGCCGGAGAGAGGAAGUUCGACAUCGUCAGCGAGAACGUGUGGGGCAAGGGAAAAUGGUAGUGGUGGCGUCGAGAUUUGUGUGAUGACUCGGUGAUUCGCUGAAACAAUCUUAUGUUUUGCUCUCUCUACUUCCCAAACAAAAUAAUAUAGUGGCGUCGUCAAAG